GCGACGUUCUCGGUAGUGAGAGAGAGGCCUGCGCCCGGGUGAGGGGGGGUGUUUGGCUCAGUUUUCUCUCUCUUCCUGACGCACACAGAGACGUCUCAACCCAAUCGAUGGCGAAGCAGCCGAUGGUAGCAGUAGUAGCCGGCAUUGUCACCGCCAACGGUGGUCUACUACCAUACCUCCUUCUCCUUAUGCUCUUUCUGAUCCUCAUCAUCAUUCUCAUCGCCUGUAGACCGUGGCGUUUUUUCGCUCGCAAUUACCGUUCCCGUACCAUCAAGGCUACCACCUCGUCCGAUGUUCAAGAUGUAGAAAGACCCCUUAUUUCUCAAGAUUCGGAUGAAGUUGAGAGCAACAUCGAUGAGCAUCAUAGGAAUUCUCCUUCAGAAGGUCCAUAUCAUCAAACUGAUGGGCAUCUCAGUUCACACCAAAACCAUGGGGUUGUCCAUAAACAUAGGCUUCCACCCAGACCUCCCCAGGUCAAGGUGUCGCAUGGUGAUAGUCUUAUUUUGGAUAUUUCUGAUCCAUCUGAGAGUGUUGUGGUGGGUCAAACACUGAAGCGUCCAUUGGUAAUUAAGGAAUCUGCUGGAGAUGAAGAUUAUGGUGCAAAGGAAGAUAUAAGCAACAAAUCGAGAAUCAAGUCAGAUAAUGAUAGUUCCAGGCGGACUGCAGAUCAAAGAAGCAUCCUGACAUUGGAGGUUAUUUCUGGUCCUUCACGUGGUGCACGUUACUCUGUACAAUCAACAAACAAAUCUAAGCUCCCAUUGAUUCUUGGAAGAGUAUCUCCUAGUGAUGUAUUGGUGACAGAUUCAGAAGUGUCAGGAAAGCAUGCAAAGAUAAAUUGGAACCUGAAUAAGUUGAAAUGGGAGGUGGUUGACAUGGGUAGCUUGAAUGGAACUCUGUUGAAUUCCAAGGCAGUCCACCACCCUGAAACUGGAAGUAGACAUUGGGGUGAUCCGGUUGAGUUGAAUAGUGGAGACAUAAUAACUCUUGGCACAACUUCAAAGAUAUCUGUUGAAAUUGCAUCUGGUGGGUUUAAUAGGAAGAUCCCAUUUGGAGUUGGAGUAGUCUCAGAUCCUAUGUCUGUGCGCAGAGGUGGGAAGAAACUGCCGAUGGAAGAUGUAUGUUAUUACCAGUGGCCCCUACCUGGGGCUCAUCAGUUUGGACUGUUUGGUAUUUGUGAUGGACAUGGGGGAGCAGCUGCUGCCACAUCUGCCAGCAAAAUAAUGCCUGAGAUGGUUACUAGAAUCUUAUCAGAUACAUUGAGAAGAGAGAAUGUUUUGUCACGUUGUGAUGCUUCAGAUGUCCUUAGAGAAGCGUUCUCUGAAACAGAAGCACAAAUGGACCACUUAUAUGAGGGUUGUACUGCAACAGUGCUUCUAAUUUGGGGUGAUGGUCAUGACAAUUACUUUGCUCAAUGUGCAAAUGUUGGUGAUUCAGCCUGUAUUGCAAGUGUUAAAGGGCAACAAGUUAAGAUGUCGGAAGACCAUCGAGUAGCCAGUUAUAAUGAAAGAAUGCGAAUUCAAGCAACCGGAGAACCUCUAAAAGAUGGGGAAACAAGAUUAUGUGGUUUAAACCUUGCACGAAUGCUGGGAGACAAGUUUCUGAAGCAGCAGGAUGCUCGAUUCAGUUGUGAACCUUACAUAAGUCAAGUCGUUUACAUGAAUUCAGAAACCCAGGAUUUUGCCAUAAUCGCUAGUGACGGGUUUUGGGAUGUUGUCAACUCUAAGAAGGCCAUCCAACUUGUCCAUCAGACGAGGGAGAAAGAUGUAGUUGAGGUAUAUUCAUCAGCAGAAAAGAUAGCAAAAGUUUUGUUGAGUGAAGCAAGAGCACAACGUACAAAGGACAACACAUCAAUAAUUUUCUUAGAUUUCGACACAAACCAAACCAUUACGACCAAUGAUGAUGUAUAGGAUAAUACAACUUUAUGCCUUGUCUUGUCUUGUCUCGUCUUAUUUAUUAUUAUAUCAUUAUUAUAUGUAAAAUAUAGUCAAGUCACUCCCCAGAACCAGAACCAGAACCACAAGGUGUUUGCUUAUGUUCAUAAAUAGGGAAAGCUGCACCUGCCUGCCUGCCUGUCAUCCCUGCAUUUUGGGGUAGUUGGAAUCACUAGUGCUCUUUGGAUGGGGUCGAAUUGAAUGAAUGUUAAUUAGUUUCUUAUAAUCAAAUCAGACAUCCAGAGUAAAAGCUUAUAAAUAGUUUUCUGCAAAA